UUUCUCGAAAUCAAUGGUGAUUAUGUUUGACUAAAUCAUUUCUCGGCAAGAGGCCUGUCACCCUCCCACUAUAUAAACCAAAUCAACUUCACUCUCUGUUUCGUCAUUCGAAUCAUAGAUCAUCAUGGCCAAGAUCAAGAUUGGAAUCAACGGAUUCGGAAGAAUCGGACGUUUGGUGGCCAGAGUUGCUUUGCAAAGAGACGACGUUGAGCUCGUAGCUGUUAACGACCCUUUCAUUACGACCGACUACAUGACGUACAUGUUCAGGUAUGAUAGUGUUCAUGGGCAAUGGAAUAAGCACGAACUAAAGGUCAAGGACUCAAAGACUCUGCUUUUCGGGGAUAAGCCUGUCACAGUUUUUGGUGUCAGGAACCCUGAGGAGAUCCCAUGGGGUGAGACUGGAGCUGAAUACGUUGUCGAGUCCACUGGUGUUUUUACUGACAAGGACAAAGCUGCUGCUCAUUUGAAGGGUGGUGCAAAAAAGGUUGUUAUUUCUGCACCAAGCAAAGAUGCUCCCAUGUUUGUCAUGGGUGUGAAUGCCAAUGAAUACAAUAAAGACAUUGAUAUUGUUUCCAAUGCUAGUUGCACCACCAACUGUCUUGCUCCAUUGGCCAAGGUUAUUCAUAAUAAAUUUGGUAUUAUUGAGGGUCUUAUGACCACUGUCCACUCCAUUACUGCUACUCAAAAGACUGUUGAUGGCCCUUCAAUGAAGGACUGGAGAGGUGGUAGAGCUGCUUCUUUCAACAUCAUUCCCAGCAGUACUGGAGCUGCUAAGGCUGUUGGUAAAGUCCUGCCAGCAUUGAAUGGAAAACUGACUGGAAUGGCAUUCCGUGUUCCCACUGUGGAUGUAUCAGUUGUUGACCUCACUGUCAGACUCGAGAAGAAGGCCACUUAUGACCAGAUCAAAGCUGCUAUCAAGGAGGCAUCUGAGGGUGAAAUGAAAGGAAUUCUUGGUUACACUGAGGAUGAUUUGGUGUCUACAGAUUUUCUAGGUGACAGCAGAUCAAGCAUUUUUGAUGCCAAGGCUGGAAUUGCCUUGAACGACAACUUUGUGAAGCUUGUCUCUUGGUACGACAACGAAUGGGGCUACAGCACCCGCGUGAUUGACUUGAUCGUCCACAUGGCUUCCUGUUAAAGAACGAGGCGUGGGAUUGGAGAUGGGACUGAUUGGCAUGUUGCCAAAGGGAUUUGCUUAAUUCAUUUUCUUUGUUUGGGCUUCCGAUAACAUGUUUUUUUGAGAAAAUUUCUUGCUGCUCGGAACAUGGUAUCCGGUUAUUUCGGUUAAAUAUUAUGGUAUUAUUAUGCAUUACCUUUCCCCA